AUGUUGAGCCCGACUUUUGUUCUGUGGGAUUUGGGGUUUCCCUUAUAUACCUAUGGCUCCAUCUUCAUUGUUAUCCUAAUUGUCUGGCAAGUGAAAAAGAGUUACCAUGGAUUAACAUUGGAACAUAAAAGGAGCUGCUGCCAGCGUCCCCGAAAAGUCAGACAAAGGGCUAGAGAUGCAGCAUCAAGAGCUAGGAGACUUUCCCGGGAAGAAGCUGAGAAGCCAUGGGAGCUGCUCUCUGUCAUGAGAAGCCAGGGCUGGCUUCCGGGGGGGAGCGUGCGGCGGCUCCUGUGUGCAGAUCCCUGCUGCCAGACCUGCAACGCUGUGGCUCUGGAGAUUCAGCAGUUGCUAUCGGAAUUGGGUUGCUCCAUCUGACCACCAACAAGCUCAGAUCAGUGUCCCAUUCUGACCCU